AUGGCGCUGCCUUCAUCACCUGAGCCACGAAUCCAAGACCGAGGCCCGCCGCCACCCAUCUCAUUGCCGCUCGUCGACUUCAAGUCGAAUGCAUCAGCAGCUGAAGACCUCCGACCUACCGUGAUUGCCGUAACAGAUGAAGGUGGUCAGAUCUUCUCUGUUGGUGGGUUAGUUGGUAUGCUUGCUCACUGGGCCUUGGCAGCUGGGUUGGGUGUGGGCUAG